GACUCUCAGAAUAGGAUACACAGCUGUGAACAAAUGGGCAACACUCAUCCAGGUAUUCGAUAUCAGGUGCAUUUCAGUGAAGAGGGAGAUGCCAGGAAGAUAAGAAAAGCUUGCAAGGGAGCAGGAACAGAUGAAGUUGCUAUCAUCAAAAUCCUUGCAAAUCGCACAACAGCACAGAGACAAAAGAUAAAAGAAAAAUAUAGAGCUUUGUAUGGAAAAGAUAUGGAAAAAGUGCUGAAAGGAGACCUGAGUGGGUGCUUUGAAAAGACAAUUUUGGCCGUGCUAGACCGCCCCUGUGAAUUCGAUGCCAAGUUGCUGAAGGAGGCAAUGAAAGGAGCUGGAAGUAAUGAAGAAUUGCUCAUUGAGAUCCUCUGCACACGGGCAAACUCACAAAUUACAGCCAUAAAAGAAGCAUACAAGCAAAUGUAUACAAACGAUCUAACAAUUGAUGUUCAAAGUGACACCAAUGGCACGCUAAGGAAGUUGCUGCUCUCAUUGCUUGAGGCCGACCGAGAUGAAGGAUUUGAAGUCAAUGUAAACUUGGCUGAACAAGAUGCAAAAGAGCUGUAUGAGGCUGGAGAAAACCGCUGGGGCACAGAUGAACUGGCAUUUAAUAACGUUUUAACAAAAAGAAACUGCAUGCAGUUAAGAGCUACUUUUAAAGCCUAUGAAACACUCUAUGGUACAGCCAUUGAGGAAGUGAUCAAAACAGAAAUUUCGGGCGAUUUGAAGAAGGCCUAUCUGACAAUCGCUCAAUGCACAAAGGACUGUCAGGCAUAUUUUGCCGAGGUGUUACAUGAGGCAAUGAAAGGAGCAGGAACCAAUGAGGACACAUUGAUUCGCAUUGUGGUAUCUCGCUCAGAGGUUGAUCUUCCAUCCAUUAAGGAGAGGUAUCAGGAGAUGUACAAGAUAUCUCUAGCAGAAGCAGUCAAAUCUGAGACGUCUGGUGAUUUCCAGAAAGUUCUGCUGGCCUUGAUAAAAUAAAAGGCAAUCAAUCCUGGGACACUGUUUGAAUCAAUAGGUGUCCCCUGUUCAGUAACAUGCAAUGUACAAGCCCAUGUUGCUUAUAAGAUUUGAAAUGGGCAUCAGUAUGAUACUAACAUAAAUUAUUGCUUUCUAAAAAAAUUGUGAAGUUAUUUCUUUCGGGGAAAAAUAAUGAACCAAUUAGAACAAAUACUUGAAGGGUACUUUCAUGAGAUAUGAACAGAGACCUGAAGGGUGGUACUAGUUGAAUAGCUGUACUAAAGAAUCAGCACAGGCACAAUGGGCCAAAUGGCUUCCAUUCUAUACCUUAGAACCAGGUAUUUCAAAUCAUUCAUAGAGUCUGAUUUGUGGUGGCAAUGUACGUGUUGUCGUUUAGAGUCAUAACAAGGUAGAGGCUCUAUGUUUCUUUCCAUCACAUGGCUGACCAGGAAUCUCUCCUGUUCUUACCACCUGCCAUUGUUGUGUAUUGGAAGAAUUUGUAAAUUGGUAAAAACUGA